GCACCAGUCACGCGCUCCUUGUGCCCUAACAAUGCCCAGAAUCGCAGACGUCCUACAAGCAAGUCGCCGCCCCUUCGCUCUCUUCCCAGACUUGUCAAUAGUUUCAUUGACUUCAUGAUCGAAAGGGUCACGCAGUCCAUUCUUCAACUAGAGUUAACACAAAGCAGGGCAAGUUCCAGUCGCGCAUGUCCCUGGCCAAUGGCUAUCUUGGUAUCAGCAUCGCUGCCCUGGGUCCGUUCUUCGAAGUUGACGAGCCAGGAGCAGUCAGUGGAUGGCCAUUAUUUACCAGAAGACAAGCGUUUGGGACCAUUGCUGGAUUCUAUGAUUCACAGCCAAGGACAAAUGGAACCAACUUCGAAUGGCUAUAUCAGUAUGGUGGAGAGAGCGUUAUAUCUGGUGUCCCUCAUUGGGCGGGACUGACGAUUGAAGUCGAUGGCAAUGUAUUAGAUGCAUCCACCCACGCUUCUCAAAUAUUCAAUUUCUCCUCAACACUAGACAUGAAGAAGGGACUUCUGUCGUGGGACUACACGUGGGCUCCUUCCGAAACCCAAGCAAUCAACAUCGAGUACAACAUGUUUGUGCAUAAGUUAUACGUCAAUCAAGCAGCUGUACAGCUCAAGAUGACACCUUCUCGCGAUACUCUGGUUACCAUUACAGACGUCCUAGCAGGCGAUGCUGCGGUCCGGACAGACUUUGUGGACAAGGGUCAUGAUGCUGCUACCAUUUGGUCUGCGGUCCGACCGAAUGGCGUCAGCAACGUCACGGCAUAUAUUUAUUCUACUCUAACAUCUAGCUGCAACGAUAUUUUGGCUACACAGCUCGUUUCUGGCGGUAUUGGUGGGAAUCAGUCUUCAAUCGCACAGUCAAUUCCCGCUCAGCUGCUAGCUAAACAUACUACUGAAGUCGAAAAACACAUUGGCGGUGCAUCAAGUGACGCAUUUUCUGAUCCACAGAAGACGGCACGGUCUGCUUCACUUUCUGGUGCGGACGCUGGAUUUGCGAGUCUACUAGAGUCACAUGUCACAGAAUGGCACAAUAUCUUCUCUGACGACUCGGUUGAUAGCUUCCGUGCAGAUGACGGAAGUCUCCCUGAAGAUCCACAAAUCGUCGAGCUUCAAAUUCUUGCCGUUUCCAAUCCAUACCAGCUCUUGCAGCAAACUGUGGGAGAGAAUGCUAUUGCAGAAGCGGGACACAAUAUCAAUCUCGGCGGAAACAGCAUCAGCGUUUGUGGACUGGGUUCUGAUUGCUAUGCUGGCUGGAUCUUUUGGGAUGCCGAAACUUGGAUGCAACCGGGACUAGUCGUCUCUCAACCCCAGGUGGCGAAGCAAAUUGCGCAGUAUCGUGUCAACAAGUUCCCAGCUGCUCAGGAGAACAUUAAUACAGCAUAUCAGUCUUCCAAAAAUCAGACAGCCCGGUUCUCCCCCAGAGGAGCAGCUUACCCCUGGAUUAGCGGACGGUUUGGUAACUCGACAGCGGCGGGACCAGCAUUCGACUAUGAGUAUCAUUUAAAUGGAGAUAUCGGGCUUGAAUUCGUCAACUAUUGGAUUGUCAGUGGUGACAUUGACUAUUUCCGGAACGAGCUCUUCCCAAUCUAUGAUGCCAUUGCAACAUUUUACACAGACCUUCUCGACUAUAACGAAACAACGAAGCUAUAUAGCCUCAAAAAUGCUACAGAUCCCGACGAGUACGCUAAUCAUGUCGACAAGGCCGGCUUCACCACCGCACUCAUCGAAAAGCAUCUUAACAAUACCAACCGUUUUCGCCAUAUCUUCAACAUGCCCACCAUUGACGCAUAUUCUGAGCGAGCCUCGUCUCUUGAUCUUCCUGUCAAUGAAAAAGCCUCCAUAAUCCUUGAGUACGACACCAUGAAUGGCUCCAUCAACGUGAAACAAGCAGACGUUGUCCUCAUUGACGACUUCCUCGACUACCCCAACCCCUACUCUCUCUCCAACCUCGACUACUACGCCGGCCGUCAAUCGCAAGAUGGUCCCGGAAUGACAUACAGCGUCUUCAGCAUCGUCGCCAACAAGUUCUCCCCCUCGGGCUGCUCUGCCUACACAUAUGACAUCUACGGCACCGAGCCGUACAUACGCGGCCCAUGGUUCCAAUACUCAGAACAACUUGUAGACGAUCCCUCUUCCAACGGUGGUGCAAACCCAGCAUACCCAUUCCUGACCGGCACAGGCGGGUCCCACCGCGUCGCCGUCUUCGGCUACCUUGGCCUCAACCUCUCCCUAGACGCUCUCUCCAUCAACCCCAACCUGCCGCCUCAGAUCCCACACCUGACAUAUCGUACCAUCUACUGGCAAGGUCACGCGAUCACUGCCCGAAGCAACCAGACACACACUACCCUCUCCCGCCUCCCACACUCGCUUCCAUCCGCAAACUCAAAGUACACUACCUCCCCCAUUCCCAUCUCCCAUGGUCUUUCCUCAAACUCUACCAUUCCUCUUGCACCUAACUCCACAAUCACACUACCAAACCGCCGCAUUGGCACAAUCUCAACAUGGGAAAACAACAUCGCACAAUGUCGCCCACUAGCAUCGUCGCCGCAGCCAUACGUCCCGGGGCAAAUGCCUCUCAGCGCGGUCGAUGGCGCAAUCAGCACCGUAUGGCAACCAGCCAGCGCAACAGAAGCAUGGAUCAGUGUAGACCUCUCGUCGAGCACCGGCAGCGAGAAAGGCAUUCCAGGAGAUAGAUUCUAUCCCAUUACAGCCAUACACCUCGCCUGGUCACGCAGCCCACCAAUCUCAUUCAGUGUAGUUUUCAGCAACAGUACGCUGCCGCCAUUUGGAACCGCCGACCAAGGGAUGAUUGUGAACGUGACAACAAGCCAGAACGUUGCAAUUAGCGAGCCGUACGAUCCAGCCACGGCUGGGGAUAUAGUGGGGGUAUAUCUGGGGAAUACGACGAAUGUGACGCUGGAAAGUCCCGUGUGGAGUGGGCGGUACGCCACGCUUGUAAUUGAGGGGACUCAGGCAGGUGGAGAAAAGGGGGCACAGGUCGCGGAGUUUGGCAUCAUAAGGGAAGGAGGUGAGAGUAUUAGAAUGGGAAGAUGACAUGAGAUAAGAUGAAGAGGAUAUGAUUGUUACGAUUAGACGGUAGAACAUUUGCAGUUGAAUAAUAUUGCUGAAUGCAAUGGACCAUUAGCGUAUGG